AUGCAAUCACGCGUGACCAGUGCACACUGCAGCAUGAGCUCACGGCUUUCUUUCGCUGCAUGUAGUCGCGCCGGAGGACCUACCGACUAUCAUGGUCGCUUCAGCAAUGGCAAUCUCGCCUACACAGCACGAGGACCAUACACCUCCCUCGCUGCCCUUACCGACGCCCUGGCAGCAGAGAUCGCAGCGGCCACGCAAAGCAGCAUCCCAGAAUGCACCACUUGCGAGCUCUCGCUCGACCUCAACGCCACGCUCCCGCUCAUCAGGCCGACCAUAGGCCCAUACGCACAAGGCCAGCCGAAUGACAUCCCGCACGAGUUCAAGCACGCGCCGACGGUGCCUGACGGCGCUGAUCCAUCCAAAGUACACCCGGGUGCUACUUGCGCAACGAUUGUCAACAUCACAGACCCCAGUGGGCGCGCAAUUGUGCAGCGAGCGGCUUCGCGGGGUGUGAUACAGGCUGUCGAGGCGGCAGACGGCUAUCGAUACAGCUUCAACAAUGCCUGGACGGCGAAAGAUGAGGAAGGCUCGCGCUUCUCCUUCAUAUGUCAGGACAGCAUGCAGAACAAGGACAGACAUGCGAAUGGCUUCACGCGGACAACAAAACAUCUGAAAGGCGAGACCAACGAGGUCCGGGGACCCAGAAAACCCACGUACGACUGCAAAGGUAGUGUCAGUGUCAAGUUCAGCAGCGGCAAGCAAAGCGUCGACGUGUACUAUCGACAUUAUGCCAUCCACCAGACUGUCGCUGAACGCAAGCUCCCACCAAGGCCACCGCCGCGAUCCAAAGAAGCAGGCGCUGCGACACAGAGCACGCCGAAGGAGGGUGGCGGCCUGCUGCCAACCUUGCAGGCCGAGACCUUCGCAAACACUGCACUCGCCAUGGUCAACGAUCAACGCCCUAUCAUCGACAAUCAACCUCCGUUAGCCAUGCGCUCCCACGCAGGCCCAAGUAUAUCUAGACCUCUGAAGCGCAAGCGGGAAUCCCUCCCCCCACCGCCACCAGCGCCCAAACCUCGAGAUCCAAACAAGCCCCCAUCCUUGUCAGAACUGCUCGCAAGUAGUGAGACUGCCAACAAGCCAGCGUCGCCGGUGGAGGCACUGAGAGCGGUACCAUCAAAGUUCCCGCCUCCCGUUGCGUAUGAGCUUCCGUCUUGGCAGACGCCGCCGCCUCCAAUGACCGCCACGCCGAGCAACCAACCUUACCCGCCGCCUUAUCCUCCAUACCCACCUCCGGGAAAGAUAGCCAUCAGUGCUACGCCAAGGCAAGGACCACUGUCCCAGCAGUCUCGACCUGGAGCACCAACAGGCACUCCUGGGUCCGGACACGCAUUGUUCACGACUAUGAAGCAAGUCUGGCAGCAGCCGCAGACCCCAGUCUUUCACUCGUUCGGUCCUCAGCGACAACGCGGCAGUAAGGCGUGCAGCAAUUGCAGACAGCGGAAAACGAGGUGCGAUGAAGCGAAGCCGUGUGGAGCCUGCGUCAAGAGCGGUCGAACAGAUUGCUAUUCCAUAGAACAGCCUCCUGCACCUGAAUCAACGCCACGGCGAGAGGACUUCGCUGGCACCUGGGGCAGCCUCAGUCAACCUGGACCUCCACCGCAGCUAAAGGAGUGGCAACAACAGCAGCAGCAGAGUCAAGCGAACUCACCAUGGCCAGCAGCACAACAACAGCCGCCCCAACCCCAGGCUACGACCGCUGCAAGGAGAGACGACAGCCCAGAUCCCUGGUAUCCAAAACGAUGA